GGCAAUGCUUAACAAGCGUCCUGAAACGUCAAAACAUGUCAACAAAAGUCUUUAAUUUUGAUAAUUUUAGCUGUUUAAGGCAUUAAAAAUGUUGAAAUCGACUUAAAAGUGAUAAUUUGAAUGAUGGCGGAUCUAAGGGAGUAUUAUAAAUCGCUGGUUACCGAUGAGGAAGUUAUUGCAGCUUUACUGAAAGAAUCGAGUGCUAGGAUUAGUGGUUUAAAUCAGGAGAGUACUAGAUUGAGGCCGAACUUGAAUUUCUUUCAAAGAACAGUGAAUCACUUGGUUACCACCAAUAAAAGAAUAAACACAAAGCAGGAAAAAUUUAAGCAAAACAACGUCAUCGAGCCACCUGCCAAGAGGAAAGCUUACGAUACAGAGCAUCCAUUGAGAAAGAAAGAGGAGAAGAGUAAGUUAUGGUUUGAGAAAAUAAAAUUCAUCAAGGCCUACAUUAAGGAGAACGAGGAAGAAUCGAGCAGCAGAGAGGUCGAUAGGAAGGAAAAACAAACACAAAAUCGCAAAAGGAGGAGAAAAUCGAGGUCUCGUUCGAGCAGCAGUUCAAACAGCAACUCUUCUUCCAGCGAGUCGAGUUUUUCAAGUUUGAGUGUAAUAAGUAUUUCUAGUGACGGUUCUGACAGCAGUGUCGUGAUUGUGGGGGCGGAAAACGAAAAAAAGAGUAACAGUGAAAUUGUGAUUGAAUAA